UGCACGUGUCGCAGUGUGCCGUUGAAAGAACAUGAGAGCUCGGCUCCGAGUGAUAGAAAGGCCUGAGAAAAGAUAGAGCAGCGGUCAUACCGACCUUUUCUGUUCAGUUUCUAACCGCCAGCAGACCGCCAGACAACCGGAAUCUCCCCGGCCGCUGAGAGGCGCGCGGAGCAGGACGGUGGCCGUAGAGGAGAGCGACGCGCAACGCGGAGGAAGAAAGUUCUCGGUCUCUGUUCCCGGGCCUGUGUGUGUUUGUGUGUUCGCACGUCGCCCUAGCAGCGUGUGUUGUUUUUGUUUUUUUGUUUUUUUAAAUUAUUUAAGACUGAACGACUGGUCGUCAUGGCGGACUACCUGAUCAGCGGUCAGACCAGCUACGUCCCCGAUGACGGGCUGACGGGACAGCAGCUGUUCAACGGAGGAGACGGGCUCACAUACAACGACUUCCUGAUUCUGCCAGGCUACAUCGACUUCACAUCAGACCAAGUGGACCUGACCUCAGCACUCACCAAACAGAUCACUAUGAAAACCCCCUUCGUCUCCUCUCCCAUGGACACAGUCACAGAGGCCAACAUGGCCAUCGCUAUGGCACUAACGGGUGGCAUCGGCUUCAUCCACCACAACUGCACUCCAGAGUUCCAGGCCAAUGAAGUUCGCAAAGUCAAGCGUUAUGAGCAGGGCUUCAUCACAGACCCCGUGGUGAUGAGCCCCAACAAGUGUGUACGAGACGUCUUCCAGGCCAAGGCUCGCCACGGCUUCUGCGGAAUCCCCAUCACAGACAACGGCAAAAUGGGUGGCAAGCUGGUGGGCAUCAUCUCUUCCAGAGACAUCGACUUCCUGAAGGAGGAGGACCACGACCUGCCGCUGAGCGAGGUGAUGACAAAGCGAGAGGACCUGGUGGUCGCCCCUGCUGGAGUGACACUGAAAGAAGCCAAUGAAAUUCUCCAGAGGAGUAAGAAAGGUAAGCUACCCAUAGUGAAUGAAGAGGGCUCCCUGGUCUCCAUCAUCGCCCGCACAGAUCUGAAGAAGAACAGAGACUUCCCUCUGGCCUCCAAAGACUCCCGCAAACAGCUGCUGUGUGGCGCCGCCAUCGGCACCCACAAUGACGACAAGUACAGACUGGACCUGCUGACGCAGAGCGGCGUGGAUGUCGUUGUACUGGACUCAUCUCAGGGCAACUCAAUCUUCCAGAUCAACAUGAUCAAAUAUAUCAAAGAAAAGUAUCCAAACCUACAGGUCAUCGGAGGCAACGUGGUGACUGCAGCUCAGGCUAAGAACCUGAUCGAUGCAGGAGUGGACGGGCUGAGAGUGGGGAUGGGCAGCGGCUCCAUCUGCAUCACACAGGAAGUGCUGGCGUGCGGCAGACCCCAGGCCACAGCUGUCUAUAAGGUUUCAGAGUACGCCAGGCGUUUCGGUGUACCAGUCAUCGCCGAUGGCGGCAUCCAGACUGUCGGACACAUUGCCAAAGCCCUGGCACUGGGAGCAUCCACAGUGAUGAUGGGCUCUCUGCUGGCUGCCACCAGCGAAGCUCCUGGGGAGUAUUUCUUCUCUGACGGCAUCAGGCUGAAGAAGUACCGCGGCAUGGGCUCCCUGGAUGCCAUGGACAAAAAUCUGGGCUCCCAGACUAGAUACUUCAGUGAGAGCGAUAAGAUUAAAGUUGCUCAGGGUGUUUCUGGAGCGGUGCAGGACAAAGGCUCCAUCCACAAGUUUGUUCCGUACCUGCUGGCUGGCAUUCAGCACUCCUGUCAGGACAUAGGAUCCAAGAGCCUCACACAGCUCAGAGCCAUGAUGUACUCUGGAGAUCUGAAAUUUGAAAAGAGAACAACGUCGGCUCAAAUGGAGGGUGGAGUCCACAGCCUGCACAGUUAUGAGAAACGUCUGUUUUGAGAAGAAUUCGGCCGAUCAGCCUACAGAUGGAGAAUCUUUCCAACAGACACAUUAUGCAAACACACUAGUUGCCAGACCCUUUUAUAUUCAUACCUGACACAAAUGCACACACAACUAACAUCUCAAUCAAAUUAAAAGACGAGCCCACACACACACACACACACACACACACACACACUAAACUCUUCCAAGGAUCCAUCAGUCUUCCUGCCAGUGUCAUCUAUGCAUUGUGUUUAGUCUAGCUGUUUGUGUGUGAAGGGGGGGAACUAAGCGUUUAUCAAUCAGUGCACGUGUGAUUGAGCCCUCCAAUGCCUUUCAUGUUGUGAUUUAAAAAAAAAAAAAGUCUGGUGUGUCCAUUUUAAG